UUUAGUCUCUUAUUCUCUCUCUUCAACAGUCUUAUUCAGAAAGAGAGAGAAAAAACUACUACCACUGCUGUACAUUGUGUCUGUGAUCACUAACUGAUGGAUAGCAGCAAAAGCACUAACGAUGAGAUUUCAUUAAUGAAUGGCUCACAAUCACAAGGCGGCGUACGGCGGUGCAGAGAUACGGAUAGUACUACUUCUUCCGAUUCCGUUAAGAGAAUAAAACUCGAUCAUGAUAAUAAUAAUGUUGCUGCUCAAAGUAUUCGCCUGACUGACCUUGACGUAAUUUCGCCGGAAAUUAAUGUUUCCUCACCCGAAUCUGAGAAUUGUGAUCCGAAAAAUGAUUUCAGCAUAUCAGAUCUUAAGGCGGAACGACGUCGUUUUGAAACGGAAACGGAAAGUGAAACAUCAGAUUCAAGCAAUGGCGGUUUCAGUAGAGAAACGAGUGCAUCAAGUGAAAUUUGCUUAGAUUCAGAUGAAAUGGAGUCACCUCCGACGUUAAAAAAGAAGCCAAUAGCAUCACCGGCAACUUGUAAACCCGUAACGGUGUCGGAAAAUUGUUUGGCCGCGGAGAUCGAUGAGUUUUUUGCGCUAGCGGAAAGGAAAGAACAAAAACGAUUCGCGGACAAGUACAAUUAUGAUAUAGUAAAAGAUGUGCCAACAGAAGGUAGGUACCAAUGGGUUAGAUUGAAGCCUUAAUGUGUGAGAUCAAAAUCAAAGCUAGCUAGAGUGAACGUCGUUAUUAAUACAAGGUGACCACAUGAAUUGAAGUUUCGAUCUUCAAUCGUUAGCCAAGUAAUUACUACUUAAGUUCGUAAUAAUUGCAAGUAUUUAUCUACUUACUGUCAAUAAUUUUCAAAAAGAUUUCAGUCAGUCGAUCUGUGUAGGUAAAUUUAUAUAAUUAUGGAAGAUGGAAAUCUUGUAGUAGUGGUAGUAGUAUUAAUUUGUACGUGUAUAGCUAGGCAGCAAAUCCAUCAAAAACUUAGUAUAAUUUCUAACUAUAUGUAUGUGUAAAAAAGAUCGAUCAUGCAUCACCAUUUAAUUUAAUUUCCUUUCCUUGA